AUUGUACAUAUGACCCUGGUUACGGAGGGCUAUUUGAUUAUGGUCUUUAAAGCGGGCUACUGUAUUACCCUGUGUUGAAGACUCAUCAUGUGCUGUGCAGAGCGAAUAGUUGACUACUUUUAUAUUUGCGGUGUGGAUUAUGCAGUUGGCCUAGAGAGCUUUAGCUCAGGUGAAAAACGUGAUGAUUAUCUUGAUCUCCCUCCUCUAGAGCGGGCAUACAAGUGUCGUGUCCUUCAACAUUUUCCUGAAUAUUCUCCAAAUUUUGCCUUUGAUGAAGAGUCAACUGCAUUGGUUACCAUGCCUCAAGGCCUCAAAAUAUUUAAUCAAAGUAGCCCACUAUUCUACCAGUUUCAGUUGCCUCAAAGGCACAGUUUUAUAAUUACCAAGGAAGAUGGGACUCGUGUUCACGGCUUAGCACUGAUUUUCACAGAAUCGGUCACACAUGAAGGCUUUAAAGAGGCAGUUAGUUCACUACAAACGAUGUACACUACAGAUCUCCAGUCGCGUAAACUCUCGACGCCUACAAAAGAUGAGCUUAAUCCAGAGGCUAUCGAGCAAUGUUUCAAGAGUGUGAAAGAUUCUCUUUUUACUACUAAGAGUUUACAGAAAACGUUUGUAAGCAAAUUGUUUUGUUACCUACUUACCUACGCUCGCUAACCCCAAUGGAACAUAGGUCGCCAACCAGCAUUCUUCAACCAACUCCAUCCUGAGCUCUGCUUUCCAGUUUUACCCAUUUGCAUUUAAUUUUCUUCAUGCCUGUCUCCAAUUCUCGACAUACUAUGUUCUUCAGUAUACCUCUUCGCCUUUGUCCUUGAAGAUUCCAAGUUAGGACUUGCCUCGCAAUGCAGUUUGGAGAUUCCCACAAUGUGUAUCAUAUGCACCUUCAGCACUGUGCUAAUUUCUUCUUGAGCUGAAAGCUGGUUUGUUCUCUCCCACAGCUAUUGGCCUUUUGUCUCGUCAUCCGUUCAUUUUCGGUUUGUUUAAUUGGUUGGAGGAUUUGUGGUCUAUAAUGUAUAUUUCCCCCAAUACUAAAUAUCUUCAAUCCACCUUAGAACAAUGUAUUCAUGAUAUGUUGUUUAGAACUAAACUUCCUAAUGCCGGUCAAUAUGUAACGUUUUCCACUCCAUUUAGGACUCAUUAUGGUUAUCGUCCUGCACCUAUAUCACCUAUUGCAAAUUUAAUGAAUGGACAAUUAGAUCAG